UAUUACGGAAAGAGUAGCACCGUAGGAACGCGAGGGUUAGCUCUAAAGUCUGAAACCAAAGCAAAAUCUGGAAAUGAGUACUGAGCGAAACAAGAGAGUAGAAUAGCUAGAGCUCUGAACAAGGAAUUAAUGGGUAAAAAGGAGAGAGCGCAAGAGAGAAGAGAGAAGCGACGACAAGAAAUAUCUCUUCUCCGUACCAUUCCUUAUUCUGAUCACCAAAGUCAAAUUGAUUCGUCUUAAGAUGUCGAUUCCGAGCAUUACACUUAUAGACGGCAGAUGGUUUACAGAUGGUGGUCAUCUGACUCUAUUGCUGUUGUGACUGGUGCAAAUAGAGGAAUUGGAGUUGAAAUUGCUCACCAACUGGCAUCACAUGGCCUAACGGUACUUCUUACAUCGCGAGAAACUCGUGUUGGUGAAAAAGCAGCAAAAGUCAUGCAAGAAGGAGGUUUGAAUGUGGUAUUUCAUCAAUUGGACAUUGUGGACCCAGCAUCAAUUCAAUCAUUAUCUGAUUGGAUAAAAGAAAAACAUGGCGGUUUAGAUAUACUGAUCAAUAAUGCAGGAGUCAACUUCAAUUUCGGCUCAGAUAAUUCAGUUGAAUUUGCAGAAACCGUUAUAAAGACCAACUACUUUGGCACCAAAAGUAUGGUUAAAGCUAUGAUUCCAUUAAUGAGGCCUUCUCCUUUUGGUGCUCGUAUUGUUAAUGUGACCUCACGAUUGGGAAGACUUAAUGGCAGACGGAAUAGAAUUGCAAAUGUCAGCUUGAGACAACAACUUGAGGAUGUGAAUUCCUUGUCAGAGGAACUGAUUGAUAAUACCGUGAACACGUUUUUGGGACAAGUAAAAGAUGGGACUUGGAUAUCUGGGGGGUGGCCGCAAGUGUUUACUGACUACUCAUUGUCAAAGCUUGCAGCUAAUGCUUACACCAGGCUAAUGGCGAGAAUACUUUCAGACAGGCCAGAGGGUCAUAAGAUAUAUAUGAAUUGCUAUUGCCCAGGUUGGGUGAAGACUGCAAUGACAGAGUGGGCUGGACAUACGUCUCCAGAAGACGCUGCUGAUACUGCAGUCUGGCUUGCUCUUCUCCCUGACCAGGUCGUGAGUGGUAAGUUUUUUGCUGAGAGACGUGAGAUAAACUUCUAAAAGUGGGUGUUGAGGACUAAUUCCAGAAUCAGCUCACUUUCUUUUGCUUUGGAACAAGAAUGUGAUCGAGUACAGAUUGAAGCAAGAAUACUACUUCAUGGUAAUUAUGUUACAAUCUGCCUUUGCUUACUGCCCAACUGUCUACUGAAAAUUGAUAUUGCUUAUGGGAAACUAUAGCUAUCGGUAUAAAUCGUUAAAAUUGAUUUACCUAGUCUUCAAAUUCUGGAGGAUGUGUCAAAAUCGGUUUCUACCAAUCCACUUCUGGAUAGAUUGUCUGUAGUUUCAUGUACCAUUUGUUACUUUUGGAUAGUACAGAUUAGAGGAGCAGCAUUCUGGUACUUCUAGUAGUGUUUUUUUGUAGCCCUGCAGGAGAGCAUGCCUUUUUGAGUAAUUGAAAUAUGUUCUUUAUAAUU